AUGUCUACCAUGGAAAUUGCUGCACCGGGUGAGGUGUCUGAUCCUAGGUUGGGGUUUCCAAAUUUUUCUAAUCAUUGUGCUACUUGUGAUGCCACAAACAUGAAACAAUGUGAAGGUCAUUUUGGGGUUAUUAAAUUUCCAUACACAGUACUCCACCCUUUUUUUCUUUCGGAAGUUGUACAUAUAUUAAAUAAGAUUUGUCCAGGAUGUAAAUCGAUCCGGAAAGAUAUAUGGAUGAAGGGUGCUAAUACUGUAGCCAGAUUACUGGAAACCAAGGGGUGUAAAUAUUGUGUUGGGAAUUCAAUAGACUGGUAUCCACUCAUGAGAUUCAAGAUAACCUCAAAAGAGCUUUUCAGAAAAAGUGCAAUUAUGGUAGAGGUGAGUGAAAAUUCUUUAAUGAAGGUCCGAAAGAGAGGAAGGCAAGCAUUACCUGCAGAUUACUGGGAUUUUAUUCCAAAAGAUCAACAACAAGAAGAAGGUUUUUUGAGACCACUUAGAAGAGCCCUAUCACAUUCCCAGGUUCGACAGUUGUUGAUGGACGUUGAUCCAAAGUUCAUUAAAAACUUUAUUUCACAUGCGGACUCUAUUUUCCUCAACUGUUUUACUGUGACACCCAAUAGUCAUCGAGUGACAGAAAUAAUGCAUACAUCUUCUAAUGCACAGCGACUGAUCUUUGAUGAAAGAACCAGGGUUUACAAGAAACUGGUUGAUUUUAGAGGGCUAGCAAAUGAAUUGGGCUCUCAUGUGUUCGAAUGCCUAAAAAUUUCUAAGCUGCAUGUGGUGAAGCCAUCAAAUGAAGAUUCUUCGCUUUUUGCUGUUAUGAAAAAGAAUAAAGAUUCUAGUUUCAACAUGUCUGGUUUAAGAUAUAUGAAAGAUGUUAUUCUAGGAAAGAGAAAUGACCAUUGCUUCCGCAUGGUUCUUACUGGAAAUCCGAACCUCAAACUGUAUGAAAUUGGUAUCCCAUGUCAUGUUGCCGAGAAGUUGCAAAUUGUUGAGCAACUGAACAGGUGGAAUGAGGAGAGACUAAAAACUUGUUGUAAUCUGCGUAUUCUUGAGAAAGGUGAGAUUCGCAUCAGGAGAGAUUGUAAAUUGGUUAGAAUUCGUCAUGAUGAAAAGGUCCAAGUGGGGGACACUAUCUAUAGGCCCCUAAACGAUGGGGAUACAGUGCUUAUAAACAGACCUCCUUCUAUACAUCAACACUCUCUCAUUGCUCUAUCUGAGCUAAUCAAUGGCCAAAUUGGUAGAAAUCUGCUCUCACUCAGUCAUGAUAGUUUAACGGCUGCUUAUUUGGUCAAGGAGGAUGGGGUUAUAUUGAACCUAUUCCAGAUGCAACAGCUGGAAAUGUUUUGUCCCAAUCGUUCACCGUUACCUGCAAUUGUCAAAGCUCCUUCAUGUAGUAGUCCUGUUUGUACUGGAAAGCAGUUAUUCAGCAUGCUCUUUCCUCCAGAAUUUGAUUAUGUUUUUGGUCCAAGUGAUGUUGUUAUUCAUGAUGGGGAGCUUAUAUGUUCAUCUGAAGGGUCUACCUGGCUACGAGAUGUUGAUGGCAACCUCUUCCAAAGUCUUAUUAAAUAUUAUCAAGGAGAGGUCCUUGACUUUUUGUAUGCUGCUCAGGAAGUUCUGUGCGAGUGGUUGUCAAUGAGGGGUUUGAGCGUUUCGCUCUUAGACAUAUAUCUAUCUCCUGACUUGAAUUCACAAAAGAACAUGAUGGAUGAAAUCUUUUAUGGUCUGCAAGAGGCAGAGCAGACUUGCAACUUUAAGCAGUUGAUGGUUGAUUCUUAUCAUGAUCCCCUUGCUGGAAAUGAUGAAGAAAUUAAUAGUUUUAUGGCUUUGAAUGUUGAGUGGAUGUGUUAUGAGAAGCAAAGAUCGGCUGCACUUAGCCAAGUUUCCGUUGAUUCUUUUAAGCAAGUUUUUCGUGAUAUUCAGAAUUUGCUCUACAACUAUGCAAAUAAAGACAAUUCGCUAUUCGCCGUGUUCAAAGCAGGGAGCAAGGGUAACUUGCUGAAGUUAGUACAACAUAGUAUGUGCCUUGGAGUGCAACAUGCACUUGUACCUUUAUCCUUCAGAUUUCCUCAUCAGCUUUCAUGUUCUGCAUGGAAUAAUCAAAAGUCUCGCAGCUUAACCCAGAAAGUUGAUGACACUGAUGAGUCUGCUAAGAAAUAUAUCCCCUAUGCUGUGGUUGAAAGUUCUUUUGUGAAGGGUCUGAACCCACUAGAAUGUUUUGUUCAUUCAGUGACUACUAGAGACACAUCUUUCAGUGACAAUGCUGACCUUCCUGGGACACUUUCACGACGGUUGAUGUUCUUCAUGCGUGAUCUAUGCACAUCGUAUGAUGGAACUGUGAGGAAUGCAUAUGGAGACCAGGUUGUUCAGUUCUGUUAUAAUAUUGAUAAGGGUAUAUCUAGUCCAACUAGUGCUGACAAAUUAGCAAGUCAGGGCAGUAGUCUUCCUGAUGGGAUAGGUGGCCAACCUGUUGGUUCAUUGUCCGCCUGCGCUAUUUCUGAGGCUGCAUAUAGCGCAUUGGACCAGCCAAUUAGUCUACUUGAAUCUUCACCAUUGCUGAACUUGAAGAGGGUUCUUGAGUGUGGUUCUAAACGAAGCAAUGCUGACCAGACUAUGUCACUAUUUUUAUCUGGUAAACUUGGAAGGAGAAGACAUGGUCAGGAGUAUGGAGCUUUAGAAGUCAAGAAUCAUUUGGAGAGGUUGAUAUUUAAAGAUAUUGUGUCUACUUGCUCAAUAAUUUUCUCUCCACAGAUGUCUAGUGAAAACCGUUUUAGUCCUUGGGUUUGCCAUUUUCAUGUGUGCAAGGAUCUUGUGAGGAGGAGGAGGCUUACUGUGCAUUCUAUUAUCGAUUCUCUUUACAUGCACUGUUCCAAUGCCAGAAGACUGUGGAAAAUCGAUUUGCCUGACUUGCAAGUUACAAACAAGGAUUGUUCUUUUAUUGACUUUGAAAAUGAAGAUGAUGCAUUUUGUAUCACUGUCACAAUUGUUGAAUGCUCUAAAAGUUCUCGUAUAGAAUUGGAUGUGAUUCGAGACAUGGUGAUACCUUCCAUUCUGGAAGCAGUGGUAAAAGGAUUUCCGGAGAUCAAGAAGGUGGAUAUUUUAUGGAAUGAUGAACUCAUAGCCUCAGAUUCUCAUAAAACUGCUCGUGGUGAACUUUACUUGAGGGUUUCUGUAUCCGGUGCUUUUGGUAUAACAAAACUCUGGGGUGUGCUUAUGAAUGAUUGCCUCCAAUUGAUGGAUAUGAUUGAUUGGAAACACAGUCGUCCAGAUAACAUCAAUCAGUUUUGUUUGGCAUUUGGAAUAGAUGCUGGAUGGAGAUUUUUUUUGCAGAAUAUGAAGAGUGCAAUAUCAGAUACUGGCAAGACUAUACUAAACGAACAUUUGUACCUUGCCGCCAAUUCUCUGUCAGCUACUGGGGAGUUUGUCAGCUUGAAUUCAAAAGGCUUGAAGCAACAAAGAGAACAUGCAUUUGUCUCUUCCCCUUUCAUGCAAGCAUGCUUUUCGAAUCCCAGUGCUUGCUUUGUCAAAGCUGCUAAGGCUGAAGUUUUGGAUGAUCUUCAGGGGACCAGCACACUGGCUUGGGGAAAGGUCCCUCGUAUUGGGACUGGUAGACAUUUUGAUAUAGUAUAUUCUAUGAAGGAUCAAAAGCUUGAAGAAACAGUUGAUGUGUAUAAGCUGCUAGGGGAAUCUGUGAAUUCCAAGAAGCAGGAUAUAGGGUUUGAAGUACCCGAAGCUUUUAACUCUAUGUCUGAGAAACAUAGUUCUCCAUUUGUGGGAGCUUUUGGUGGUUCUGCCUUUGAUGAGCUGAAGAAGAUUGAAACAAAAACAAGAUCAAUCUUGAGAGAAUUUUUAACCUUGAAUGACGUUAUGAGGCUUUCCCGUGAAUUAAGGAAUAUUUUGCACAAGUAUCCUAUUGAUCACCGGGUAAGUGAGGCUGACUGGGAUACCUUGAUGAUGGCAUUGUACUUCCACCCUCGAAGAGACGAGAAGUUUGGAUGUGGAGCUAAGGAAAUAAAGGUAGUAAACCGUCCCGAAUAUCCAAAUACUCGGUGCUUCUCAUUGGCAAGAACAGACGAGGCGUUUGUAGAUUUCUCGUAUCGGAAGUGUGUUAUCGGGGCUCUGGAGGUCAUUGCCCCUCAAAGGGCAAAAUCCUUCAAGUCAAGAUGGUUACAAUCUGGUAGUUAGUCCCACAACAAGCAGUCCAU